CAGUCGUGAUCCAUGGCUUCUGGGCCGCGAUCUUCAGUUGGACUUCACGGCUUGUGAUCCCAGUCGUGAUCUUUGGCUUCUAGGCCACGAUCUUUGAUUACAGUUUCCAUGCAUCGAGUUUGUGAAUGUGGAAUAGACGAUUGGGCGGCUAGGUAGCCUGUGAGUUUGAGCCGAUCGUUUUCUUCUUGUGUGAUAAUUCCCUCUCACCACGGUGUGUAGCAUUACAGUUUUAAUUGGCGGGGAAGAUGGAGGCAUAGGAACAGCCCACGACCCAAAAGUUUACCGACCUGAUCAUAUUAUCCCUCAGUCAACCCUUUUGAGCCAUGUGUCUAAGGGUCGUUCUAGUGUUAGGUAGCUCACACUACUUGAGCCUGAUUGAUUUAGAUAGAGCGACCCUACUUUCUUUGUGUCUACACCGUUAUCGAGUCACUCUUGUGUUUGGAAGCUCCAUUCAUAUCAUUUGAGCUUAAACGAGGUUUCACAUGAGUAAGUUCUGUAUGGUUUUGCUAAGAAGUGAAGUGAGUGUGGAGGUAGUUUUCAAAGUGAGCAUUGUUCCUUAAGUUAAAAAAUGUGGCAUAUUUUUAGCUCUCUAUAGCCCUCAAAGAAAAGAGAAAAGAAAAGAGAAAGAAAAAAAAAAGUAAUCAAUAAAAGGGCAAAGUAGAAAAGAGAGUGGCCACCUAAAAUAUAAUAAAUGUUGGACAUGCUCUUAGAAGUGGUUCUUGGCAUGCAAGCUAUAGAAACACUUACAUGUUGUUGACCUCUACACUCUUGUGCUUGAAUUGACUAGCUAAUGUAGAAAGAAAGUAUGUGUGACAUGGUUUGGUGAUUGGUUGUAGUUUGGAAUUGGAGGAAAUGCGGUUUUUGGCCGAUGCUAGUGGCCAUUGAGUAUAGGAGAGGGUUCUAGUCAAAACCUUAGAACCUUUUUGUCUUAGGUUGAAGAUGUGGAACCUCAUGUUAUGUUUGCCACCACCCAAAAAGCCUUUUUUCCAUGUCCAAGACAAUUGCCAGUCAUCUGAACCCACGUCUAAGACCUCCGGACGAGCUAGUGACGACAACUAUACUGGGAACUCUAGAGUUUAGAGGUUGCCGCCAUGGUGGCAAGAUGGUAGGGAUGAGUGGUGACGAUUGUGCACAUCUUUUGCACCAAAAAGGUCCUGACCCCCUGGUCGAGAGUGAGGGAUUCAUUCUUGUUCUUGCAUGUUCAUAUCUAUCCUGGUGAGGACCUAUGUUGCCCUGUUGUCUGUUCAGUUGACUUGAGUUCUAUCCAUGAUCAGUUGUGAUUGAUUAGUGGCCCGGUCGAGACUUGCAUUGAUUGUGGAUAGAAUGAGAACUUUUCAUUUGCCCAUUUUUGAUGCAAUUGAAUGUCAUUAGUGGUGGAUGCCAAAUUUUUUUGAGACGGUUCAAGUGUCGAUGCCCAAAUAGUCAUUUGAGAUUCAAAGCCUUGUGCCUUUUGAAAUGUCCCCUAGCUAUCUCUGAAGGUUGAAAUAUUACCUAGGUUGAAAAUGGUUUGCUUGGGGACAAGCAAAUGUCUAAGUGUGGGGGAGUGAUUCGCGCCCAAAUGUACACAUUUUACCCCUCAUUUCUUAUUCGUUUAGCUUAGUAUUUCAUCGUUCCUUACAUAUUUCAUGCUAGGUUGUGCUUGUUUUGAUACAUUUCAGGUCCUAGCAUGUGUGGAAGGGUCGAGGUCGAAUUUUGGGAUAAUUGGAGGUUAAAAAGCACAAAAACCGAAGAAAAGUCCAAAGUCCGUAAUAGUGAAGUGCAGGCGUCCAGGAAGCAGCCGCAGUUCACAGUCAAACAAGGGAUUUCAUGGUCUCCUAAGAACGUGAACUGGAGCCACAAACCGUGAACAUCGAGCAAUCCAGCGAGGUUUCAGAGGUAUUGACGCCAAGGGAGUUCACGGUCACUAAGACCGUGAACUGGGGCCAUUAACCGUGAACCCAGGAGAGUGAAGCGAUGCGUUUUGGAGACGACUGAGUUCACGGACGCGUUCAGGUGUUCACGGCCUUGAACUGGCCAACGCAUUCGUGAACUAGUCACUUUCGGGAAAAUAUGAAGACAACAACUUGGAGAGAGAAAAGAGAGCUGGUUUUUGGAGAGAAAUUCAAUUCCCUCUCUAGGGUUUGCCCAAAAAAACCAAAGGGGAGUUCUAGAGAGAGAGAGAGUGCUAGAGUGAUCUUGGAGCAUCAUUGGAGGCCUGGUUGGAUCUUGAAGACAGGGAUUCAAACCUAGAAGAAGAAGAACAAGAUCUUGAGCUCAAAUUUGUAAUCUCUCUCUUGAAACUCACUCUUUUCUCUUGGGCAUUGUAGAUCCCUAACUAAUACUUUGCAAUUACUUGUUUAGAUUGAAUGAUUUUGUAUGGAUUUGCUUCAAUUUGAGUAUUAGAGGUGUUUUCAUGGUGAUUGUGCAUAGUUGUGCUUUCCAAAUCUUGUGUGCUUGCCUAACCUAGAUUAGAGGAAAACCACACCUUUUUAGGUAGGCUUGACAAGCUUGGUUUUCCUGGGCGCUUUGUGCCUACUAUCCAGGUUAGAGAUGAGCAUCCCCCUUGACUCAAGUUUGCAUCUAGGUUGUUCGUGAUUAAGCCGCUCAAACUCCGGUUUGAGGGAGAGACCUAGGCAACCCCUAGAGACUGAGUGAGAGGAUCGAUUCCGUGACAAAUUGAUCUCUAGUGAAUCCAUCCCGUGACAAAUGGAUCACUACUUGCUCCUCCUAGAAGUUCCCCUAAACGUCGUGAGUGGAUCGAUCUCGUGACAUAUCGAUCGCUAGUGAAUUGAUUCUGUGACAAAUCGAUCACUAGUUGCUCACCCUCGUGGUUCACAACCACCUACACCAAACGACUCCAUUCAAUCCAACGAGCCAUGGUAGCUAGUUAGGGGGAAGCAACUCCUGGGUGAAGCUCCCUUAGUUAGAAUUUUCCUUUAUUUACUUUUCUUUGCUUUUUUAGUUUGUAGUUCCAUUAGUUCUAAACCCAAAAGUUGUUUGCUAGAUAACAACCUUAGCGAUUGAAGUAGGGGUACAUGGAUCGGUCCAGGUUGAUAAUUAAAACUUACUUGCCCUAUGCUGCACCCCCCUAGAGUUUAAAAACUUGGGCUCUAAAGGGGAUUUCUAGUGUGGUGUUUUGUGUGAGUUAGCAAGAAACUAAAUUGGGUUCCAAUCUUCUCAUAUCAUUAAACGAAUGAACUAGUACAUAUUUA